AUGGACAUCCGAGGUGCUGUUGAUGCUGCUGUCCCAACAAACAUUAUUGCAGCCAAGGCUGCGGAGGUUCGUGCCAACAAGGUGAACUGGCAGUCUUAUCUUCAGGGUCAGAUGAUUUCUGGAGAUGACUGUGAAUUUAUUUUAAGGUUUGAAAAAUCCAAUGCAGAAGAAAAGAAAGCAAUACUAACAACUGAAGGCAAUCAGUGUGCUAAAACCUUUAUUAACUUGAUGACCCACAUUUCAAAGGAACAGACAGUGCAGUACAUUUUAACCAUGGUGGAUGACAUGCUGCAGGAAAAUCAUCAGCGUGUCAGCAUAUUUUUUGAUUAUGCUCGACGUGGGAAAAACACUGCCUGGUCUUACUUUCUACCAAUGCUGAAUCGUCAGGACUUGUUCACAGUUCAUAUGGCUGCACGUAUAAUUGCUAAAUUGGCUGCUUGGGGGAAAGAACUGAUGGAAGGCAGUGAUUUGAAUUACUAUUUCAACUGGAUUAAAACUCAGCUGAGUUCCCAGAAAUUACGAGGAAGUGGAACUGCCAUGGAAACAGGAACGGUCUCUCCAAGUGAUAGCUCGCAGUAUGUGCAGUGUGUCGCAGGAUGCCUUCAACUGAUGCUUAGGGUUAAUGAGUACCGUUUUGCGUGGGUGGAAGCAGAUGGUGUCAACUGCAUUAUGUCCGUAUUAAGUAACAAAUGUGGAUUCCAGCUUCAGUAUCAAAUGAUCUUUUCUGUCUGGCUGCUUGCAUUCAGUCCUCAAAUGUGCGAGUAUUUACGAAGGUACAACAUUGUACCAGUGCUUUCUGACAUCCUUCAAGAAUCAGUCAAAGAGAAAGUAACGCGGAUCAUUCUAGCAGCUUUUAAGAAUCUGCUGGAAAAGUCCACUGAGAGAGAAACUCGACAAGAAUAUGCGCUGGCAAUGAUCCAGUGUAAAGUGCUGAAGCAGCUUGAGAACCUGGAACAGCAGAAAUAUGAUGAUGAAGACAUUGUUGAAGAUAUCAAAUUUCUUUUGGAGAAACUAGGAGAAAGUGUACAAGAUUUAAGCUCAUUUGAUGAGUACAGUUCCGAGCUGAAGUCGGGAAGGCUGGAAUGGAGCCCAGUGCACAAAUCGGAGAAAUUCUGGAGAGAGAAUGCUGCAAGAUUAAAUGAGAAGAACUACGAGCUCUUAAAAAUCCUAACAAAGCUUUUGGAAGUCUCUGAUGACCCUCAAGUCCUUGCUGUGGCUGCCCAUGACGUAGGAGAGUAUGUACGACAUUACCCCAGAGGAAAAAAGGUGAUUGAGCAGUUAGGUGGUAAGCAGCUGGUAAUGAACCACAUGCAUCAUGAAGACCAGCAGGUCCGUUACAAUGCUUUGCUGGCUGUGCAGAAACUGAUGGUCCAUAACUGGGAAUAUCUUGGAAAACAGCUGCAAUCUGAACAGCCGCCAGCAGUGACUGCAAGGAGCUAA